AGAAGCCCAUAGGAAACAACCACAGACAGAGCUUUUUUGUCAACAGUAUGCGGGGCAAGCAGGAGCUUCACUAUGCAGAAACUGAGAUUUAAAGCUCCCUGUGUCUGAUACUGACCUGGUAUCAUGCUGUGGAAAACAAGACUGCAAAGGGCUCGACUAACAGGGAUGCCAAAGGAAAAAUAUGAUCCUCCAGAUCCUCGCAGAAUUUACACCAUCAUGUCAGCAGAAGAGGUAGCCAAUGGGAAGAAGUCACACUGGGCUGAGUUAGAGAUCUCAGGUAGAGUGCGGAGUUUAAGUACAUCACUUUGGUCGCUGACACACUUGACUGCUCUGCACCUCAAUGACAAUAAUCUUACUCGCAUUCCACCUGAUAUUGCCAAGCUUCAUAAUCUGGUUUACCUGAAUCUGUCAUCCAACAAACUCAGAAGUUUACCAGCAGAACUAGGAAACAUGGUAUCUCUCAGGGAAUUGUUUUUAAAUAACAAUCUGUUACAGGUUUUGCCUUAUGAACUUGGACGGCUCUUCCAGCUGCAAACCCUAGGUUUGAAAGGCAAUCCUUUAUCACAAGAUAUUCUCAGCCUCUACCAGGACCCAGACGGAACUCGGAAGCUACUGAACUACAUGCUUGACAAUCUAGCAGUUCAUCCAGAGCAGCUGCCUCCAAGGCCAUGGAUUACUUUAAAAGAACGAGACCAAAUUCUGCCCUCAGCAUCAUUUACAGUUAUGUGUUACAAUGUGCUGUGUGAUAAAUACGCCACCCGGCAGCUCUAUGGCUACUGCCCAUCUUGGGCACUCAACUGGGAGUAUAGAAAAAAGGGAAUCAUGGAAGAAAUCGUCAAUUGUGAUGCAGAUAUUAUUAGUCUUCAGGAAGUGGAAACAGAGCAAUACUUCACCCUUUUUCUGCCAGCCUUGAAAGAACGAGGAUACGAUGGAUUUUUUUCUCCAAAGUCACGUGCCAAAAUCAUGUCUGAGCAGGAGAAAAAGCAUGUGGAUGGCUGUGCAAUAUUCUUCAAAACUGAAAAGUUUACACUAGUGCAGAAGCAUACAGUGGAGUUCAACCAAGUGGCAAUGGCUAACUCUGAAGGUUCUGAAGCUAUGCUAAACAGAGUGAUGACAAAGGACAACAUCGGAGUUGCCGUCGUGUUAGAGGUGCACAAAGAACUAUUUGGAGCAAGUAUGAAAUCACUUCAUGUGGACAAACAGCUGCUUAUUGUGGCCAAUGCCCACAUGCACUGGGACCCUGAAUACUCAGAUGUGAAACUCAUUCAGACAAUGAUGUUUGUCUCAGAACUUAAAAAUAUCCUUGAGAAAGCCUCAAGCAGGCCCAGUAGUCCAACAGCAGAUCCUAACUCUAUCCCUCUGGUGCUCUGUGCGGAUCUCAACUCAUUGCCUGAUUCAGGUGUAGUGGAAUACUUAAGCAAUGGCAUAGUAGCUGACAACCACAAGGACUUCAAGGAGUUGCGUUACAAUGAGUGUCUCAUGAACUUCAGUGGCAAUGGAAAAAAUGGGGCUUCUGAAGGAAGAAUCACGCAUGGCUUCCAGCUCAAGAGCGCCUAUGAAAACAACCUGAUGCCUUACACCAAUUACACUUUUGAUUUCAAAGGUGUGAUUGACUACAUUUUCUAUUCCAACACUCACAUGAACGUGCUUGGUGUCCUGGGGCCUUUGGACCCUCAGUGGCUGGUUGACAACAACAUCACUGGGUGUCCACACCCUCACAUCCCUUCAGACCACUUCUCACUGUUAACACAACUCGAACUCCAUCCUCCGCUCCUGCCUCUUGUCAACGGUGUGCACUUGCCUAACAGGAGGUAGUGGAGCCCUGCCCCUUUGAGGGCAAGGACCUGUUGUUAUGGACCUGUACAGUUGUAAAUCAAAGUAUAUAGGAGUAAAGUAUGGCCAACCUUAAGCUGCUUCUUCAAGCUCCUUUCCUUACGUGUUUGAUAUGAGAUUUUGCACAUUUUGGUGCAUAUUGGUAUCAUUUGGCACUAGGGCUGGAACCAAAGUAUUAUUCCCUUUCCAAAUUCUUAACUUAAUUUUUCUUUUUUUUUUUUAAACUGGCAAGCUUUUCCUUUUUAGUAGGAAGCUGCACUUAGAAAUGGACAAAUGAGAUUAAAACCUUGCAUAUUAAUGUAUUUCAGGAUAGUGCUUUUUUUCCAGAACGUGGCAAAAUGAGCCAACCUUUUAGGAGAAAGAAAGAAUAAAAUAGAAAUGCUUGUUUUGUAGGAAGAAUAUUAGAAACGCUGUUUGUUUGAACACAAAAUGAGGACUGAAACUCUGCAUCCAAACCAAAUUUUGCACAUUAGCAAAGCACUUAAUAACCUGACUAUAAAUGAUGAACAGUGUGACACUGCCCCUUAUCUAAUUAAUAUUAGAAAACCAAAGAUAUCUUAAUAUCUGUGAUAAAAUUUGAGGUCUAAAUUCUCCUGAUGUCAUUUCAUUUGCAACAAAAUUCCCAGCAAACCUAUGUCUCAUAGGUGAGCAUUGAACACUGGGCAGAUCCUAUGGAGAGUCUUUUCCAGAGCUCUGCAGAACUGGGUCCUUCCUGGGACAGACACACAAGGAUCCAGAGGGAAACAGAGCUGCCUCUCUGCUUCAGCAAGCCGGGGCAACACACUCUUCAGCAGCGCAGUUUUGGAGUAGGAUUUAGGUUGAGAAAUUGCACUUGAAGCCAGCUGUUGGGGUUCUGUGUGAAUAAAGAAGUUGCAAAUUUAUCCUAAGUUCCCUUUUUCCAGAAAGGAAACUUGGGAUUAAGUGUUUAAGCAUAGGGUACAGGAAAAAACUGCUGGAAACAAUCUUCCUUCUGUCUCCAAAGGGCACAUGGAGUAGCCAUUGGCACGGUUUUUUUCUUGGGGGAGCGAGUGGGAGCCAUAGUCAUUCCUUGGAUUGUUUUUCCUGACCCUAGUUGCCAAAUAUCCAUCCCACUUUUUUUAGUAACCUUUCUCUUUUGUUGUCAGUCAGGGUUGAAUUAAAAAGCUGCUGGUUCAUUCCCAAAUGUUGAUGCUCUUUGGAUGUGUUGGAAAUCUCUUUUUUUUUCUCCCUUUUUCUGCUCUAGGUGGCCAGUUCAAACCCUUGUGCCUCAGGAGGCAUUAAGCAUAAUGCAGUUUUCUGAGAAAUAAAAUUGUUUGGCUGCUUGAUGUUUAAAAAAACCCAACAACCAACGGCACAGUGAUGGGAGAAGGUUGCGUCUGUGUUUUUAAGUUUUUCUUUAUUCUGCUUUUUUGCUGCUAAGAUUUUCUUGAAUUUCUAUUUUAAACUUUUCAUGCAUUUUACUGUUUCUAGUCUCAAAAUGUGAUAUUUUUAAUAAAUGAAAAAAAAUUUUCCAUUC